AUGGUGAGCCACCCUGCUGUUGCAGCAUUAGGCCAGUCACUGGAUGGCAUUGGAAAAUGGUAUUACAAUGCUGCAGGGUUCAAUAAACUGGGGUUAAUGCAAGAUGAUACAAUAGCCAAGAACAAAGAUAUAAAACAAGCCAUAAGAAGGCUUCCUGAGAACCUCUAUGACAGUGUGUUUCACAUUAAGAGAGCACUGGACCUCAUCAUGAGACAGCAGAUCUUGCCUAAAGUGCAGUGUACAAAACAUGAGGAUAAAUCCUAUCUUGAAUCAUACCUGAAAGAAGUUAUUCAGGAAAGAAGAGAGAGAGAAUGGGCAAAGAAAUAA